AUGCUCUCAAGGACAACAUCUAUCAUCAUCUAUUUAACCCUGGCUUUUCUCUUAUUGCACACUGCCAAGUCUGCGCAUGGGUUUAUUACCACUUCUCAUGCGUAUGAAUCGCUUCCUAUUGCUAUAAAGAUUGAGUGUCUAACGAUCACCGUAUUAUUUUCCUUGCUGACUAUUUCCACUGCAGCUCCUUUGCGCUGCAUAGUAUUGAGCAAGUGGACGACAAAAUCAAUGGACAAUUCAUACCUUUCCUAUAGGAUUAAUUUUCUCAGAAUCAAAGAAUUGAGAGAUACCUACGUUCCGAGUGCUACAAAAAAAACUUGA